AAACAGACCCAAGAAGUAAUACAUUAUCGCAUCAGUUCAAAUGUAACCAUCAUCAAAGUUGUUGCAGUUCUCCUUGGUGUCUUCUACUUAUACCUUUAUUCCAUUAAGUGCUACAAAAAUAAGUAAAAUAAAAAGACAAAGAUGGUGGUCGAAGCUAAUAUAGAGGGCUUGGACAUCUCCGCUGACUAUAUGGUAUCCCCUGAGGACACCUCUCACAGUGUAAUUAGAGAAACUUUCAAAGGAAGCACUAUUUUUAUUACUGGAGCCACAGGAUUUCUCGGAAAACUAACGCUGGAAAAACUGCUAAGGUGUUGUCCAGAUGUGGCGAAAAUAUAUAUUAUAGUCAGGGAGAAGAAAGGCAAAGAUGUGGAAGCGAGAAAGAAGGAAAUGUUUGAAAAUGAGGUAUUCGACCCCCUUAGGCGAAAGUCUACAAAGUUUGGAGAAAAAGUGGAAAUAAUAACGGGUGACUUGACUUUACCCGACUUAGGGAUGAGACAGAGCGACAUAGGAAAAAUUAUUUCCGAAGUAAAUUUCGUUUUUCACAUUGCCGCUACGGUCAGAUUUGACGAAAAACUUAGGAUCGCAGUUAGCAUUAACGUUAAAGCUACCAGAGAUCUACUGAGGAUGGCGAAAGAGAUGAAACACUUAAAAGUAAGCAUAUUGGUCUGUGUUCUGUCGGAAGCUGUCUNGGCCUCCAUCACACCGACUAUAAUUGGUAAUUGGCCUAAUACGUACGUAUUCACGAAAGCUGUAGCUGAGCAUGUAAUUAAGACAGAGUCCCACGGACUUCCCAUAGCGAUGAUCAGACCGUCGAUAGUUACAUCAACUUAUAAAGAGCCGUUAGCGGGAUGGAUAGAUAAUCUGUAUGGGGCUACAGGGGUUAUAAUGGGGGUCGGGGUCGGGUUGAUACGAUCUCUUAACGGAGGGCCUAACAAAUUGGCAGAUAUUGUGCCAGCUGAUCAUGUUAUAAACUGUAUGAUAUCGGCAGCGUGGGAUCUUGCAGCUAAUAAGUAAGAAAAAUUAGACCACUUCCCCCCUUCAGUCCCGUUUCUGCUUCUAACACGUGUCUAACUACCUCCUUAUGUUUCCUGUUGUUUCCUAUUUGAUUUCCUCUAUAUAAAGGAUAAAUAUUCGACGAUUGAAUAAUUUCGAUGUGUUGCGUCUAUACAUUCUAUCUAAUGAUACUUAAUACCAAUUUAAAUAGCAAAGAUUACCUUUUUGACGUGACAACGUCUUAUAAUUCGAUGGAG